GCAAAAUGCCGUGAGGCGCGGCGGCGGGGCCUGAGGGACCGAGCCCGGGCCCAGUCCCGCUCCAUAUGCCCCGAACCGCCCCGUCUCGCUCCAUGUGGGGCCGCUCCUCGUCCACAUCCUCCUCAUCCUUCUACUAUGGCUCGGAAAACAGUUAGCAGGAAGCGGAAAGCGGCGUCAGCUGCCGCCGCGGGGACCGGGGGACUACAGGGGGAGCAGUACGGGUGGGAUCACUCGGUUCACAAAAGGAAAAGGCUCCCUCCGGUGAAAAGGUCUCUGGUGUACUACGUGAAAGGGAGAGAAGUCCGGAUGCAGAAUGAGUCCAGCUACCACCGCCUGUUGCAUGGAUACGCCGCCCAGCAGCUUCCCAGCCUCCUGAAGGAGAGGGAAUUUCAACUCGGAACACUCAAUAAAGUGUUUGCCUCCCAGUGGCUAAACCACCGACAAGUCGUGUGCGGGACAAAAUGCAACACGUUAUUUGUAGUAGAUGUCCAGACUGGUCAAAUUACCAAGAUUCCCAUCCUGAAGGAUCGUGAACCUGGCAUGGUGAACCAGCAGGGAUGUGGUAUUCAUGCCAUUGAGAUCAACCCCUCAAGGACCCUCCUGGCCACAGGUGGAGACAACCCCAACAGUCUUGCAAUUUAUCGUCUGCCUACACUUGAUCCUGUCUGUGUGGGAGAUGAUGGACAUAAGGACUGGAUAUUUUCAAUUGCGUGGAUCAGUGAUACUAUGGCUGUUUCUGGUUCUCGGGAUGGUUCGAUGGGUCUCUGGGAAGUCACAGAGGAUGUGUUAUCCAAAAGCGAUGCCAGGCAUAAUCUCUCUCAAGUUCCUGUCUAUGCCCACAUAACACACAGUGCUCUGAAAGAUAUCCCCAAGGAGAACACCAACCCUGACAAUUGCAAAGUCCGAGCAUUGGCUUUCAACAAUAAAAACAAGGAGCUGGGAGCUGUGUCCCUGGAUGGGUAUUUUCAUCUUUGGAAAGCAGAGCAUGCACUAUCAAAGUUACUUUCCACAAAGUUGCCAUACUGCAGGGAGAACGUGUGUUUGGCUUAUGGUCAGGAGUGGUCAGUGUAUGCAGUAGGAUCACAGGCGCACGUUUCCUUUCUGGAUCCGAGGCAGCCUUCUCACAAUGUUAAAUCCGUCUGUUCCAAAGAACGAGGCAGUGGUAUCCGCUCAGUGAGCUUCUAUGAGCACAUCAUCACUGUGGGGACAGGACAAGGGUCCUUGUUGUUUUAUGAUAUCAGAGCCCAGAGGUUCCUGGAAGAAAAGCUCCCCCGUGCCUGCUAUGGACAGAAGCAGAAAUUAGGAGGAAGUGAAAUUCUGAAGUUAACAACUGGGAAAGGCUGGCUGAACCACGAUGAAACCUGGAGGAAUUAUUUUUCUGACAUAAAUUACUUCCCAAAUGCUGUUUACACCCACUGCUACGACUCGUCUGGAACAAAACUCUUUGUGGCAGGAGGCCCUCUUCCAUCAGGACUUCAUGGGAAUUAUGCUGGUCUCUGGAGCUAAUGAUAACUCUUCAUUUUGAGCUGAUCUUUACACAGAUUUCCACUUUUCCUUUUUUUAACAACAAAAUUGUGUGAUGCCAUUAAUUCCUGAUUUAAACACAAGUUAUUUUUUGGCAGUUUUCUGUUGGUCUCCAACAAUUUUGUACAUCUUUUUGAACUAGUCUUUUGCUUUAGCCUCCUAGAUCCUUUAUAUGGAAGGGGUUUUUAAGUCCUUUUUUAUUGUAUUUACUCCAAAUGACUCUUCCCCCCAUUUAGGCUGUCUUGGCCAUGCGUCCCCUCCUCUAUUUUGCUGUGAGGUAGAAUUUCUUUCUUAUAGAGUGGUUGCUCCUGAGCUUUCUGUGAAAGUCUUGGGGCUGCAUGUGUGCAGGUACUUUGUGUCAGUUGCAUUGCCUGGAGUGAGGACUACUUGUAAUUAAAAAUUAUUAAAAAUAUUUAUAAGAGAUAAGCUACUACUUUAUCUGCAGAGCCUGGCCCUGGCCUGGGUUGAUCGUAUUUUUUAAAUGUACAAGUCUAAUGACACUGUUUAUAUAUAGAGGGAUAUGGUAAUUUUAAGCUGUACUCACUGGAGCCCAGGGAAGGAUUCCCUAGGGGUAUUGCCCAUCAAAUACAAAUUGCGGGAGUUUUUAAAAGUGCGUUUGUGUUCAAAUGGUAGGUUUCAGCAGUGUUAGGAGCAAAAAUUGAUCUGUUUCUUCACUGCUUGUCCCAGGUACCAGCUUGCACAACUGGAGUUUGUGUAGGCUGUUCUGCAGCAUGGCUGUUGCAGGGUGACGUUACAUUGAGGGCUGCAGAGAUGCUGAGAGGAAAUGGGGGCUAGUUAUUCAAAAUUAACUGAAUCUAUCUGUUCUCCAGAUGAAAUGUGUUUCUUAAGUAUGCUGUUAGGAUAGCUUGUAAGCUCUUCAUAAACUGCCGAAAACCUAGGACCAUUUUUUAUCCCAGGUUGUGGAAAUUUUUCCCCCUUUUUGCUGUUCUGGUUGGCCAACUGCUCAAAUAAGACAAUGGAAUAAAUAAACUGUUUUUUUUCCUCCAAGAUUGAAGAGUGCAUUUCAGACAUUACUAAUGCAAGCAAGAAGCUUUCCCUGGAGGGUAGCUUGGUGUUCCCUCACUUUGUGCUAGCAUAUGGUGUAGGACAGGCUCAGGUUUUUUCAAAGUCCCCUACUGCUUUCUGCAUUCAGACUCCCUUCAACUUCACCUGGGACUGGGAGGGGAGAUGCCCUUUAUUUCCAGCUGCCCAAUACCGUUCAUGUCCAGCUAUGAAGUGUGUGCCUCCCAGGAUGAUGGCCUUACCCAAUACUCAGCUAAAAUGCAAGACUCUAGGGUGUUCCUCCUUUUGGCAGGCACCAAACUCUCAGCUUGUUAGUGAUGCCUCUGUCCUCUGCUGGAAUUAAUGCCUUUCCCCUGACACUGGUGGAGCAAAGUGUGCCUAUACCUCACAGGUUUGGUGCCAAACGUGCAGUUGGUUGAAACUGAGAGGAAAGACAAGGCUGAGACAUGCUCUGUUCCCCCACCUUUGUGGGAAAUCACAGCUUCCACUGCAGUUCCUGCCCACAGCCCAGAGGUAAUCUGCAUAUCUUGCAGUCUGUCUCAUCUUCAUACUCAGUAUCUUCAUCAGUAACACCAGGCAGCCAGCAUCAAGCUUAAGUUCCAGCUGGUAUGGAGACCUGGAUCACAAUCCUGUGAGGAGUGUAGGUCCCUCUCAUUGGGGUGGAAAUCCUGGCAAGAGAAGAAAUCUCUCCCAGGUGUGCAGAUGUCCCAGAAGUAUAAUUAGCACUGAACAUUAACACGGGUGCUUCACAAGUAGAUAAUCUUCUAGUGUUUUAUAAUACUUCCCAUUGUGGCCUGGUUGCUUAAACUGCAUCAGUUCUGUGUGUAUGGCUAUUCAGGCUUUUCUCUGAAAAGGUAAAAUUAUAUACCAUGCGGUAGCUUUGGUUAUUUCAGGGGCUUAGAAAAGUGGAAGUAUAUGAAGAAAAAAAGUCAAGAUUUGUAUUUCUGCAACCACUGUGUAAGAUCAUUUUGUCCCAAGGAACAUGUUCUGCUUUUUUUAAUUUUAUUUAUUUUUUUUUUAAUUAGUUUGAAGUUUUUUGCUUUGUUUUUUUAAAGAAGCUAGACACUUCAGUCUACCUGAAUGUCCUCCAGUUCUGCUGAAGCAACAGGUAAUAGCUGGGUAUUUAGUGUCAGCAGUGCCAAAGGGAGACUUCUGGUCUGGAAAUUCUAGCCUUGAUGUUAUCUAUUAAUUGAAGCAUAUUUUAGGUCAUGAUAGGAAAAAAAAGAGUGUGUGUAUAGCCUUCAAACACAGAGGCAGAUUUUUCUGCAGUUUCUAGGUUGAAGAAGCACCACUGGAAAUUUUCCCUCCCUGCUGACUGUGAUUUCCACAAGUACCUCAAUAUGUGCUCCUAAAGCCUGGUAAUGUGAGUGCCCUUCUUCUUUUUCAUCUUCAUAGAAGGCUCUGCACAAUUCUCAGAUGAAUCUGGACAAUGAUGUAAAAUUCUUCAAGUCUCACAUGCUUUUGUGUAUUCUGCUUUCAGGAUGCUUCCUUGCAAAAAUAACUUCUCAUGGUUGCUGUAUGAAAAUCCCCACAAAAAAAAAAAUCUAGGAACCAAACCAGAUAGUGCUGCAAGCACACAAACAAUUUGGGCCAGAGGUAACUUAAUUUUUAGCUAGUUUCAGUGGUUAUAAAUGCUUAUAGUGAUACAGAUGUUAAGUUUCAGAAUAUUUCUGUGGUUGGUUAUACAUAACUUUUGUUCCAAUCAUUGUUAGAAACUGAGGCACAGAAAGGUGAUAAUGAUAUGCCUAUUGUCCAAAGAUAAGUAAUAGGAGAAAAACUGAAUUCUUCUUGACUUUGAUUUUGUUGCCCUGUUGGGUUAGAUAUCUACUGAAAUUCAGGAUCAUGGUUAGAAAUGAGUGGGUUUCCCAUCCAAGUGCAGGAAUGGCUGCAGAACAGGGAGCCUCCAGGCUCUGCAGAGAGACAAGUUGGGUACCUUGCUAUUCAAAAGCCAGAUACACCCCUGCAAUGGAGUGAGCUCAGUCUGCACUUCAGUACCUUUUUGUACAGCUUGCUGUGCACUGCUGAGACCCAAUGACAUGCAUAUAUUCAGACCAUCUUUUCCACUGUUUCUUCCAGAUUUCCCUCCCUUGAUCUUUCCUGCUAGGUUGGUUUGUUUGAGAUUGCCUCCUCCAACCCAAAUUGUACCAGUCUUUGCUAUAGCAAUAUUGUCCUUGCAGAGGUGACCUCUGUUGGGCAACAACAGGCUUGUUGGCAUUUUGUCAACAUGUGCUCAAGACCUUCAAUUUGCUUUAUUUUAACUGGGUAGAAGUUGAAGGUCGGCACAGACUGUUGAACUGGGAAGUUGCCCUUGUACAUGUUUGACUGAUCUGUUUACACAGUAGCAGUCUGUUCAGGGUGGGGAACAUACUCUGGUUUUAUCUGGCUUGCAGGAGAGAACUUUCAGCCUAAUGUUUUCAGGCUGGCUGCUAUUGACUUCUCAUUCGUGUGGGAUCUUCUGUGCUACCAGUAAGUUUAGGAAGCAGUUAAUUUUACUGCUCAGCUCUUUCCAGUAGAUUACCAUGUUAAUUUGGGUAUUUUUGGGUAUUACAUUUUCAGUAUUCAUGACAGGUGGUAAUACUUACAGGUAAUACCUAGCUUGUAAAUUCUGGGUAGCAACUCCUCAGCAACAGCUGGAUGUUACAUCAUAGGACAGUCCUGAGGAACCAGAAACUAUUUUGCAGUGUUGGCUUGAACACAGAAGGGUUGUACUCACCCUCUUCACAAAACACCUAAUUCUUGUAAUUCCUCCAGGUUUCUCCCUUGUACAGUCAAGUCUUGUAGGGAGAAUUGCUAGUGCUCUCCUCAGGUGCUUUCUGGGAUUGCAGUAAAGAAGUGAGUCCAUUUGUUUGAUUCCCUCAUCAGUGCUGCUGGUGUUAGUUUGAGGUGAGUCAAUUAUCAAAGAAUAGUUGAUAGUAGGUUUAAGUUCCUAGUCUCAGUUGUUCAUUCUCCUCACAGAUCCAUUUUUAAGAUCAUUGCAAGAGUGCCCUGUGAUCUUGCUGGACUUAGUCUGUUCACAGAAGUUAGACUCAUAUUGUGGGUGACUCUUGUGGUGCUUUUAAUGAGAGGAACUCCUGAAUUGUGGUGCUCUUAAAGAGAGGAACUCCUGAAUUGCAUUAAGGGGUUUAUAUUUGCUGCUUCUACUUUAGGUCUUUGGCAGCUUUUUGUAUCUAAAGUUUUAAGAUACUUGGGGAUCAUUCUCUACCAGAAUUUCAUUCUGUCCCUUCACUGAGCAAUUGCUUUGUCUGUAGCUUGCAGCUGCAAAGAUAACAGAUUAAAUGUAUGAUCCAGCUAUGUCAAGUGGUGCAUUGGUGUCUUAAUUUGUGCCACUCAGCUGAGAAGCAUUCACAGGCCUUUUGAACUGCUGUGCCUCGCCUGGUGCAGGUGUGAAAUAAAGCAGGCUUGCCUAGAUCCUUCAAGAGGCUACUUGUUUGCUUUGUUUGCAAGAAACCAAGGACAGGUGGGCUGUCAGUUACUGCAUGUAGGAAAGCAGCAGCGUCUUUUCAGCAGCCAGGUGGGAGGUCUGUUUUUAGUGGUCUGUUACCCUUAUUUUCAAUAAAAGCACUUUUCCAAGGUGUCUGAUAUCUUCUUACUUAGAUGCUUUUGCAGUUGCUGCUAUGACUGAAUUACUGGACUGGGGUACAACUUGUUCCUAAGGAACUCUGUUGCAGAGCUGAGUGUCAUGCAGAUGGAGCUGAUCCUCUGGGCAGCCCAUGCUGAGCCAGGGACUCCUGAGCUACCAGGCACAAACUUUUUAGCUUAAAGCCAAGUGAAAAUCCUGUGUGCCCUGCUGGCCACCCCACAGUUUGAGCCCAUGGUGUGACCUCAAUUUAAAAUGUAUUUCUGAGUUUACAGUGCCCUCACUAACUUACUUGAAAUUCUGAAGCAGAUACCUAGGACAAGGGAGAGUGGAAAAGAGAACACAGCCGCAUCUUGUGUGAGGUGCUCUCCUUUGCCCCUGUACAUGAGCAUUUUGUGUGGUGAGGAUGGGCAAGGAACACCAGAUAAACAGUAAAAGGCAAAAAGUGUUUUGUCUGGCUCUUGGGACUCCUGAAGAAUUUAAAAACUAGAGGGGAUACGUCAAUGCUUAAUCAGAAACAUCUCUGAAAGGUCAGGUAUAUAUCCCUGACAUUCCUGAUUCUCUGUGUUAUUUUUCAAGGAUAAAAUUAGGAAAUAUCUUUUUGCUUUUGAUGUUGGGUUUUGUCAUGAAAACCAUGUACUUGGCUAAUUUAAAAAAAUGCUCUUGCAAGAAAGGAAUCUUCCCAUUUCCUAACAGCCUUUCCCACUAGUAUCCUGCUGGGAGCAGUAUGGUCUAAGAACGUGCACGCAGAUUUAAAAUGGAGUGGUGGGGUUGGCAGAGUUGGGAAAAUGUGGACUGUCUGACUGUUUCUAUACCCAAAACUCCACCAACACUUGAUUGUAUACAAAUUGUGGUUGCUGUGCUGAAACUGAGAGGGUGUAUAAAACCCCUUGCAACACAAGUGCAAUGUCUUUAAUCCAAGAUUCUUUUGAAUUGAUUCUUCUGCCUUCAGGACAAAAAAAUUAGGAGUUAAUACAGUGUUUUCUUAGGAACUGCUUUUCUAGAUUUCCUUAUUAAAAGGGAAAAUUCAGGUGCUGAAUCUUAUAAUCUCAUUAAACUUGUACUUUUUAUUU